AUGGUACAUGAAUUCGUUUUGAUGUCAAAGAAGUUCGUGGAGAGCUACGAAACCCAAGUCAAGGAUGGUACGUACCAGAUUACUGGUCGCUGGAAGCACGGUGAAGAGUCAACUUACAGGGAGUGGCAAUGGAAAGGCUUUUACCAAUACCAACAUCUCCGGUUUGAUAUUGCAACAGGAACUGGAGAUAGAGACGGCGACAUCACAUUUGAUGCCCAUAAGAUUCCUCCAGGCCUCGACGGAAAGACAUUCACUCCGACGGAUGAUAAACCCGAAGAGUUCAAAUGGCAAGCAUUGCUGCACGAAUUGGAGGCAAGCGAAGUGUUUCCUUUCGACAUCAAGACCAUGGCUCUGAUAUAUCUUACGCCUGAAACUGUUACUCAUUUCACAGUCCACGACGACGACUCCCUUCAGGCUGGCAUCAUUGCGCUUCGUAACGCGAACAAAGGCACUCGUAAUUACACUAUCAAGUUUGUUAUUAUCGAAAGAACUGAUCCCUUAUGGACGUCAAGCUCUUACGAAGUGGGAGAGGAUCGCAGACCAAAAGGAAAGCGGAGGAGGAGCGAGGAUGGACAGGACAGGAAGACGAAGAAGACAAAGAAGACGAAGAAGGGUGCGCGCCUCACGGCGAAAGAUGAGGCACCCGCUGUACCAUCGUCGUACGAGGAUUGGCAGCAGGGUUUGUAUGAGCAAACCGACGACUCGCUCUCUGGUGAUAAAGCGUCCGAUGAAGAGUCCGAUGAAGAGUCCGAGACGAAUAUGGAUGAGGCUGAGUGA